AUGUCUGACCCCCCAAAACCACCCACCCUUCUUCAUUACUUUUUCCCAAAAAUAUCAAAAGUAGAAUCAAUAGACAGUAAUGCCUACAAAAUCUUGUUCAUCUUUGAUGGUCUGGAUGAGUGUCGACUUCCUCUAAAUUUCCAGAACAAUGAGAUAUUGUGUGAUGUGACAGAGUCGGCCUCAGUGGAUGUGCUGCUGACAAACCUCAUCAAGGGGAAUCUGCUUCCCUCUGCUCUCCUCUGGAUAACCACAAGACCAGGAGCAGCCAAUCAGAUCCCUCCUGAGUGUGUAGACCAGGUAACAGAGGUACGAGGCUUCAGUGAUCCUCAGAAAGAGGAGUACUUCAGGAAGAGGAUCAGUGAUCGGAGCCUGGCCGAUAAAAUCAUCACACACCUGAAGUCUUCAAGAAGCCUCUACAUCAUGUGUCACAUCCCAGUCUUCUGCUGGAUCUCAGCCACUGUUCUAGAGAGAAUUUUGGGUGAAGCAGAGGGUGGAGAGAUCCCCAAGACUCUGACUCAAAUGUUCACACACUUCCUGAUCUUUCAGAUCAAACACAAGGGUCAAAAAUAUCAUCCGAAACAUGACCCUGAUCCUCAGCAGACCAGAGAGACUAUCAUGGCACUGGGAAAACUGGCUUUCCACCAGCUGGAGAAAGGAAACCUGAUCUUCUAUGAGGAAGACCUGAGAGAGUGUGGCAUUAAUGUCAGAGAAGUGUCAGUGUACUCAGGAGUGUGUACCCAGAUCUUCAGAGAGGAGUCUGGGCUUCACCUGGGGAAAGUGUUCAGCUUCGUACAUCUGAGUGUUCAGGAGUUUCUGGCUGCUUUAUAUGUAUUUUUCACCUUCAUAUUAAAUAACAAAAUUGUUAUAAGGGGUGAAAGCACUAGGAUUAUUUAUAUCUUUAAAAAACCAAGCAUUUCUGACCUACUGAAGAGUGCAGUGGACAAGGCCUUAAAGAGUGAGAGUGGUCACCUCGACCUCUUCCUCCGCUUCCUUCUGGGUCUCUCACUGGAGACCAAUCAGACUCUCUUACAAGGCCUAAUGCCACAGACAGGAAGCAGCUCUAAUAACAACUAUGAAAUAGUCAACUAUGUCAGGAGGAAGAUCAGAGAGAAUCCAUCUCCAGAGAAAUUCAUUAAUCUGUUCCACUGCCUGAAUGAAAUGAACGUUAAUAUACUGGUAAAUGAAAUUCAAACUUUCCUGAACAGAUCCAGUAAAAGUGCUUUCAGUGGAACCAGACUCUCUCCUGCUCAGUGGUCAGCUCUGGUGUUUGUAUUACUGAGCUCACAAGAGGAAAUGAAUGAGUUUGACUUGACAAAAUUUCGUUCAUCAGAAGAGUGUCUUCUGAGGUUGCUGCCAGUGGUCAAAACCUCAGCCAAAGCUGUGUUGAGUAUGUGUAAUCUGACAGAAGAAAGCUGUAGAGCUCUGUCCCCAGUUCUCAGCGCAAAGUACACCAGGAUGAGAGAACUGGACCUGAGUUCAAAUAAACUGCAGGAUUCAGGAGUGAAGCUGCUCUCUGAUGGACUGAAGAAUCCACACUGUAAACUGGAGAUACUCUGGCUGUGUAACUGCAAUCUCACAGAGGAAAGCUGUGCAGUGUUGUCCUCAGUUCUUAGUUCUAACUCUUCCUGCUUGAAAGAACUAAACUUAAGUGGCAAUAAACUGUAUGAUUCAGGGGUGAAGAAGCUCUCUGAGGGAAUGAAGGAUCCACACUGUAAACUGGAGAUACUCUGGUUGCGUGCAUGUGAACUUCAAGAGGAAAGCUGUGCAGAACUUUCCACAGUUCUCAGUUUGAACUCCUCCAGUCUGAGAGAACUAUAUCUGAGGAGCAAUAUCCUGAAAGAUUCAGGAGUGAAGCUGCUCUCUGUCGGGCUGCAGAAUCCACACUGUAAACUGGAGAAACUCGGGUUGGUAGGGUGCAGUAUCACAAAUGAAGGCAUUGUAGCUCUAGUUUCAGCUCUGAGGACAAACACCUCAUCACAGCUGAAAGACCUGGAUGUGUAUGGAAAUAAACCUGGAAACUCUGGAGUGAACCAGCUGAAAGAGCUACUGCAGGACAGAAACUCAAGACUGGAGACUUUAGACAUCCAGACAUUUAAAUCGUGAUGUGGAAUGAACAUCAUGCACAUGAUUAAGUCUUACAGUACAACGACAAAUCAUUCAAUCAAUCCAAUUAUUCUGGCUUCAAACCACCAAAUUCCACAGAGACUGCUCUUUUGGCAUUCACUGAGAUGAUACAUGCUGCUAGUCCAGCCAAACUGUCAUCAGUGCUCAGUACUCAUCAUCCUCAACCUUUCAGCAGACCCUCAUGAAUCUUGAAAUCCGUGGCACAGCAUGGCAAUGGAUUGCUUCUUACCAAGAUGCCGGUUAUAUCGAUCAAGAUGUAGAGGACACUCAACUCCUUCCCUCCCUCAGACAUAUCUUUCUGUCCAGAUCUAACUAUAUCUGGCAGACAUCUCAGCAUGGAUGAAAACCAGAAUGCAGCAGUGCAACAUGUUUUAAACCUUCCUAAAUUUUCCCACACCACCCUUUGCUAUGAUUUGUCCACUGGCAUUCUGUAGCUGAUGCAUCAAAGUUAUAACACUAAUGCUUGCUUUCAAAGCCAAAAAGCUGAGCAGAACCCACUCAAGUACAUUCUGCCCUGCAUCAUUAACCCUCCUAUAGUAGCCUGAACAGCUGAGACACCGAGUUUUGUUCGGACAUGUUCUAACAAACAAACAAACAUGUUCUAAUGUCCUACCUCGUCCCAAAGUUCUUUAUACUGGCAGAUAAUUUUUUAAAAAAGCUGUCUGUGUCCUUUUCUUGCUACAUUACUUUCUAACAGAGUUGUCAGAUAUUUUUUAAUUUUUAGUCUGUGUCCUAGUGAAACAGUAUCAGGAUACAUUCACUGAUAAACACUUCAAAGCAUUUUUUUUAAGUCAGACCCAAUUUUAGAAUUGUUCUUUCUAGUGAAAGAGAUUAUGCUUCUGUAAACCUUCAUAUCCUGGAAGUAAACUUGUGAUCCAAUGUGUCCAACAUGGUCCAACCAAAACAAAUUGCAAUUCUGUGGCUUUAACUGUAAUGAGGAGGCAUACGGCUGUGGAUCCAUUUGCAGCUUAGUUCUAAUCACAAUCAGAAGAGUAGUCAGACAGGCAAUAAUCAGGAUGGGCAGAGGUGCAAAUAUCAGAGGAUAGGCAAAAAUCAGAGUCGAGAACAGGCAAAAGGCCGGGGCAGGCAGAAAACAGUCAGAAGAGCCAGAAACAGGAAACAGAAUAAUACGAGGAAAUCAGAACACAGGAAAACGCUCAGAAUGACAGUAUGGAGACUAGUCAGGACCUCGCACAGAUGUCAAGUUCAUGUGUGGUUUUAAAGGGAGCGUAGAUGAGAAACAGGUGGCGGUGAUAAUGAGCGUGAAUGGUGGUGAAUGGGAAGUGUAGUCUGGAAGCGCGCUAGUACUCCGGAGACGCGUCUCUAUGGUGACGUUCAGGCGGCGGCUCGUAGUUCGUGACAUUAACAAAAUGUAAUUUCUUUACUAAACAAGCUGCCAUAUUUAUUAAUUGGUGAAGAAAAAACACUUAUAGAUAGUAUAUUACACUUAAACAUAUUAUUAUAUACAAUAUAU